AUGAGGCAAGGCAGCCAGGAUAGUGAUCCAUUGGCAGCUGGUCGGAUGAUGAGGAACCAGUGGAGCUGCUGGAGCCGCGAUGGGAUCGCAUCGACGGCCCAGACAUCAUGCGGCCACAGGACUCGUGAGGCGGCCUUUGUCCACGCCCUGUCCUCUGCAGCCGUGGCGGUCGCGGUGACGAGAGCCUGUACCCGGGGGGAGCUGGACCGCUGCGGCUGCGACAGGAAGGUCAGGGGGGUCAGCCCCGAAGGCUUCCAGUGGUCGGGCUGCAGUGACAACCUGUCCUACGGUGUGGCUUUCUCCCAAACAUUUGUGGAUGAACCAGAACGAGCCAAAGGGGUGUCAGCGGGGCGACCACUCAUGAACCUCCACAACAACGAGGCAGGCAGAAAGGCCAUCCUUCACAACAUGCAGGUGGAGUGUAAGUGUCAUGGCGUCUCCGGCUCCUGUGAGUUGAGGACCUGCUGGAAGGUGAUGCCUCCUUUCAGGCGCGUCGGUGUGGUGCUCAAGGAACGCUUUGAUGGAGCCACAGAGGUCCGCCUGACUCGUAUAGGAUCCAGAACGGCCCUCCUCCCCCGCGACCCGCAAGUCAAACCCCCCGCUGCCAGAGACCUCCUGUACCUCACCCCCUCUCCUGAUUUCUGCCACCUCGACCCCGACAACGGUAUCCCUGGCACUGCUGGCAGGAGGUGUAACGGUAAGAUCAACGUGAAGGGGAAACAACCAGAGAUGGCAAGC